AGUGUGAGGCGUCUGCAGAGCUCUCCAGGCUGUGCUGUUGUUUUCUGCUAAAUCUCCUUUUGUUGGUGGGUUUAUGGAGAAUUCUGGAACUGGAGAGUCUCUCUGAAGGGAACAGAUCACUAACUGGAUCUACAGCCGCCUGUUUAACUGAAUCAAACCUGAAAUCAGAGACUGAGAGUUUCACAGAACUGAAAGUGAAAGUCUGAGCAUUCUCACUGGAAGGAACAGCAGGAAGAGAAAAUGGCUUCUAAAUCUCUCUCAGAGGAGGAUCUGUCCUGUCCUGUGUGCUGCGAGAUCUUCAAGGAUCCUGUUAUUCUGCGCUGCAGCCACAGUGUGUGUAAAGACUGUCUGCAGUCAUUCUGGAAAAACAAAGGAUCCAGAGAAUGUAUAAUUUGUAGGAGGAGAUCUUCAACUGAUCAGCCUCCUAUAAACCUGGCUUUAAAGAACCUGUGUGAGAGCUUCAUAAAGGAGAGAAGUCAGAGAGGUCCAGCAGGGUCUGAAAACAUCUGUGGUUUGCACAGUGAGAAACGUCAACUCUUCUGUCUGGAUGAUCUACAGCCUGUGUGUUUGGUGUGUCGGGACUCUAAAAAACACUCCAACCACAAAUUCCUCCCCCUUCAGGAAGCAGCAGUGGACUACAAGGAGGAGCUCAAAACUGCACUGAAGCCCCUGAAGGAGAAACUAAAGACCUUUACAAAGUUUAAACUGAAUUUGGAUCGGACUGCAGAACAUAUAAAGACUCGGGCCCAACAAACAGAGAGACAGAUUAAGGAGGAGUUUGAGAAGCUUCACCAGUUUCUACGAGAUGAAGAGGCAGCCAGGAUAUCAGCACUGAGGGAGGAAGAGGAGAACAAGAGUCAGAGGAUGAAGGAGAAGAUUGAGAAGAUGAGCAGAGAGAUAUCAGCACUUUCAGACACAGUCAGAGCCGUAGAAGAGGAGAUGAGAGCUGAAGAUGCUUCAUUCUUACAGAACUACAAGGCCACAGUGAAAAGAGCUCAGGUCACACUGCAGGAUCCAGAGAGCCUUUCAGGAGCGCUGCUCCAUGAGGGGAAACACCUGGCCAACCUGAAGUUCACGGUCUGGGAGAAGAUGAAGGAACUCGUUCAGUUCACUCCUGUAACUCUGGACCCCAACACUGCCCAUCGUAAACUCAUCCUGUCUGAUGAUCUGACCAGUGUGAUAUUCGCUGAUGAGGAACAGCAGCUUCCUGAUAAUCCAGAGAGAUUUGAUUUAAGUAGAUGUGUUCUGGGCUCUGAGGGCUUCAACUCAGGAACUCACUGCUGGGAUGUUGAAGUUGGAGACAAUACAGUUUGGUUACUGGGUGUAAUGACAGAAUCUGCUCAGAAGAAGGGGGUUAUAUUCUCCAGCAGUGGAGUGUGGUGUGUGUAUUAUAUUAAUGGUAACUAUAAAGCCUUAUCUUCACCACAGCCAGACACUCGCCUCUCAGUAGGUCGGAAACUGCAGAGGGUCAGAGUUCAGCUGGACUGGGACAGAGGAAAAGUCUCAUUCUCUGAUCCUCUCACUAACACACACUUACACACUUUCACACACACAUUCACUGAGAGAGUUUUUCCACUGGUAUAUACCAGUGAUAUCAGCCCUGUGAAACUCACCGCAGUGCAGUUUAGUGUAUCAGUGAAUCGGCUCAGAAAUGAGAAAUGAGAAAUGCUGAAAUGAUCACUGCAGCUAUAAGACCUGUUCAGCUACUGCAGUUGAGCUGAGAUUAUGUGAGAAAUCUUAUUGAGUUGCUUUAACACGUUUGUAGAAGAUUUAUCUGUAUUUUAAACACUAAUGGAAACUACACUAUGCCCUGCGAUGGACUGGCGACCUGUCCAGGGUGUAUCCUGCCUUCCGCCCGAAGACUGCUGGGAUAGGCUCCAGCACCCCCCCGCGACCCAGAUGGAGAAGCGGCUUAGAUAAUGGAUGGAUGGAUGGAAACUACACUAAAGUAGCACCGUCUGAAUCCACAGUGCCCAGGGAGCAAUUCGGGAUUCGGGAACUGUCGGCUGAGGGGAUCAAACCAGUAACCUUCCGGUCACAGGGCUGGUUCCUUAACCUCCAGCCCACAACUGCCCUAUAAUUUAAUCAGCCUACAGCAAUGUUUAGUCAACUGCAGAAUAUAUGUGCUUCAGGAGUGACUCUUAAUGCUCAACACAGAUUUCCAGAGUUUGGGACACUUCAAAACAGUGGGAUCUAACUGCUCACCAUGUGGCCUAGAGGGAUGCGGCCUCCCUUCCUGCUAAUAAGCUAAUGCUAAUUAAACUCAUGAUAAAACUAAA